AUGACUAUAAAUGAAGAGGAUAGCAUUGAAACCAAAAAGGUUGGAAAUCAGAAUAUAUCUAUUGGAAUUUCUAAAGAUGUGGUCAAUUCUAACGCAUUACUGUUUUUCAUAGCAGGGUAUGAGUCAACAGCAAAUGCUCUAUGUUGGAUAGCUCACACUUUAGCCUCUCAUCUUGAGAUUCAAGAGACCUUAAGGCAAGAAAUAAAACUAAAGAUUAGUCAAAAAUAUAAAAGCUUUAGCCCCAAUCUCUUAAAUUAUGAUGAUAUUAUGGGCCUAAGCUAUAUGGAUCAGGUCAUUAAAGAGGUUUUAAGGUUACAUCCUUCACUUACAUUUUUUGAUAGAGUGACAUCUGAAGAUUGUUAUUUGGAAGACAAAUUAAUCAAAAAGGGUACUAUCAUUGAAGUGCCUGUUUAUGCAUUGCACCGAGAUGAAAAUAUAUGGACAUUGCCCAACAAAUUUGAUCCGGAUAGAUUUGAUCCAAAGAAUUCGACUAAGGAACAUCAAUAUAGCUAUUUGCCCUUCGGUAUUGGUCCUAGAAAUUGUAUUGGUUUAGGUUUUGCAAUGCUGGAGAUCAAAGUUGGCCUAACAUUAAUUCUAGGGUCGAACAUACAAUUCGUUAUAGCACCUGGAGACGUUAAUUCCGAUAUAACUCCCGACAACACAAAAUUUAAAAAAACUAUUGUAAACUUUCCUGAAAAUGGAAUUAAAGUGGGAAUAAGAGACAAGGAAUAA